AUGACUCUUCUUGAUCGCAAUCUAGAGAAACUACGUGAACAAACAGCUGCAUUCAAACCAGCCACAGUUUUCUAUGUUACUCAUGAAGCUUUAGCUGCGAUAGCGGUUGGUCAUUUUCUUGUUACCGUGUUCGUCCAUGGUAUGAAAUAUAUCCAUCGUGACAUUAAGCUGACAAACCUUUGCAUUGGGGCGGGCCAAUUGAACACCCGGAUUUACUUGAUCGAUUACGGUGACACCGUAAAAAUAGGCAAGAAGAUCAGAUACGGUACACCUGAUGGCUACACGUUGCCAUUUUGGAGUAUAGACGCUCAUAAGCGCGCACCCGCUCGUGAAAAAACUGACAUUGAGUCAUGGUUCUACGUGUUGAUCGAUCUACUUUCUCCCGGAGCGCUACCUUGGGCAAAAAUCACUAACGAACAGGAUAUGGAAGCCGAGAAAACGAGUUUUUGGGAAGGGCAACGUCAGAUGCCUGAUUCUCCGUUCGUGUUUGCGCUUUUCGAUCUCAUACGAAAGUUGACCAGCAAUUUCGAUCAUCAGUUAGCAAGGCGAAUACUACGCGAAGCCAUAGAACAUCAUCUCAAAGGGCCGUUGGUACUAGAAUGGGCACCUAACAUGCGUGUUAAUUUGGCCCCCCUCACUGGCCGACGAGUCGUUAACACUCAGCUAGGGGUUGACCAGACUAUGCGAACCAUUGACAAAACGUCGAAGACGAUGGCGGACGAAGAAUCCGUUCGUCGAAGCAGCGAUCAAGUUCGGAACAGACAAAAAGAACGAGUCAAGGGCAGUCCUCGUACCAAAGAAACGCGAGGGUCAAAUGAAGCUUCUGUGGAGGUACGAGGAACGGUGUCUCAAAACAGAGCGCCCUCUGUUGACGAAGACGGCGGCGUUAAACGUAAGCCAGUGGUGAAAUACCUCGCCGGUCAGGUACCAGGCAUGACUGCGCAGCGAAAAAAAAAUGUCGCCUCGUAA